AUGACAAUGCCUAAAUAAUAAAAGAAGAAAACCUUUAUUACAGAAAUAUUUAGAAUAAAGAAAUAAAGAUAAACCGAUUUCCUUUAAUAAUAAUAGCUCAUGGAUUAGCUGGCCAUUGCAAUAUUCAUACAACUUUCGCUAAGGAAUUAGCAAGUAAAGGUUUUAUAGUGUUCUGUCCUGAAUAUGAAGAAGAAAUUAAAAAUCCAUACUUUGACAGACAACUUAAUUGGGAAUUUAGACAUAAUUAAUUACAAAAAAGACUUUCUAUAACAAAGUAAAUGCUUGAUAUUAUAUAUAAUUAAAAAACUUAUAUUUGGUAUUUCGGUUCAAAAAUUAAUAUCGAUUAUAGUAAAGUUUCUAUCAUUGGGCAUUCUUUUGGAGGAACGACUGCUCUAUACACUACUAUGA